AUGCGCGCGCCGGCCAUCGCGAACUUCAACCUCAACUUCUUCAGAGUUCGUAAUAACUUUUUUGCAAGCAUUGAGGUUGGCAAACACAGUACGAAUAAUUCAGCAAGCAAAAUUCUGGUAAUCACCUUGCCGACAGUGACAGUUGCCAUCGUAGCUGCAAUUUCCCUUUGUAUCUGGAAUGUGCGUAAGAAGAGAAGUUUGGCGAGAUACUCCAGACCUGAUACAACUGAGGAUUUUGAAAGUGUCAAGUCAGGCCUGUUAUCUCUGGCAUCGCUGCAAGUGGCAACCGAUAACUUCCACAAAAGCAAGAAGAUUGGUGAGGGGGGAUUCGGUGAAGUUUAUCAGGGACUACUGUCCGGGCAAGAAGUGGCCGUGAAGAGGAUGGCCAAGGACUCUCACCAGGGGCUACAAGAGCUGAAAAAUGAGCUAAUUCUUGUCGCCAAACUUCAUCACAAGAAUCUUGUUCGUCUCGUUGGGUUUUGCCUCGAAAAAGGGGAGAGACUGCUCGUCUAUGAGUAUAUGCCAAACAAAAGCCUCGACACCCUUCUUUUUGAUACAGAGCAAAGGAAACGGUUAGACUGGGCCACACGAUUUAAGAUCAUAGAAGGUACCGCUCGGGGACUCCAAUAUCUUCACCAGGACUCUCAGAAGAAGAUCGUCCACCGUGAUAUGAAGGCAAGCAAUAUUUUGCUAGAUGCUGACAUGAACCCUAAGAUUGGGGACUUUGGCCUCGCCAAGCUCUUCGAGCAGGACCAAACUCGAGAAGUCACAAGCCGCAUUGCUGGGACAUUCGGUUACAUGCCUCCUGAGUACGUGAUGUGCGGGCAGUACUCUACAAAAUCAGACGUGUUCAGUUUCGGCAUUCUCGUAAUAGAGAUAGUGACGGGCCAAAGAAGGAACAGUGGGCCAUAUUUCUCUGAGCAAAAUGGUGUAGAUAUAUUGAGCAUAGUAUGGAGGCACUGGGAAGAGGGGACAACAGCAGAGAUGAUCGACCAUUCCUUGGGAAGAAACUACAAUGAGGCUGAGGUGGUAAAAUGCAUCAACAUCGGACUCCUAUGUGUCCAGCAAAACCCUGUAGAUAGACCUACAAUGGCGGAUGUCAUGGUUUUGCUUAACAGCGACGCUACUUGCUCUCUGCCGGCUCCUGCACCUAGGCCAACAUCUUUGAUUGAUGGAAGCUCUGGUUACUCAACAGGUUACUCAACAGAAUGGUCUGGUUGCAACCAAUUGGUAGCUGGGAGCUAG